AUGGCCCUUCCCGCUGAGCCGAAUGACCUAGUGGACAUAAAACAGAAUGAUAAUGAACCUUUGAAGGAUUACAUUCAACAUUUUAUGUUAGAAGCCACCAGAGUGAAAUCCCUUAGUGAUGACGGUAAAUUAAUAGCCAUGAAUUCGGUAGUUGAGGUAAAUAGUCUGUUCUGGAGCAGCUUGAAAAGGAAGUCUGCACGUACCACUCAAGAGUUCCUUGAUCGUGCACAAGAAUUCAUCAAGCUUAAGGAGGCUGAGCAGAAGGCUACCAAGAAGGGGAAAACAAAUGUUGGGUAUACCACCAACUCUGCAGAGGGAGGAAAGAAUUGGGCUAAGAAAGGCAAACGCAGUAAUGGGGCUGUCAUACCAUACAGAAGACCUCCACCAAUGAGGAAGGAUGUUAAUAGACGAGAUAUGACCAAAUUCUGUCAGUUUCACAAUGACUAUGGUCAUGAAACCAAUGAAUAUAACCAUCUGAAAGAGGAGAUAGAAUUCCUCAUUAGACAAAACAAUGUUCAUGUGAAGAGGUAUAUAUGGCCGACUGCCGACCAGCAUCCUCAACAGCCUCCUCAGCAACAGUCUCAACAAUAUCAGAGCAGUCAGCCUGUCCUACUACCACCAGUAGCUGAUCAGCUAGAUAUGAAUUUUGGCGGGCCACAUUUGGCUAGCAACUCUGGCAAGGUUCAAGAAAGGUAUUCUUGUUCCCAUAGGCAUGAUAAAGAGGAAGAUGUACUAGCUGUCCAGGAGCGUAUUCCCAAACAGCCUUGCUACGAAUAUGAGCCCAUCACAUUCGGUGAGGAAGACACAGGUCAUAUACUUCAUCCACAUAAUUAUCCAUUAGUGGUAGAAGUACAGAUCGCUAACAUGUCCGUAGCCUAA